AUGCCUACAUUGUGGCUUCUUGUUGUUCUGGAGACUACAAAACGCCACGGGGAAUUCAAAAGUCAAGGAUGGAACACCGUACAAACUUCUUUAAAGUCCAAGCAUUAG